UUCGUACUUGCCAUCUUGUAGAGAGGUUGAGCGGCAGACAGGAGUUAGCUGUCCGUUAGCUCACUGCCACUGUGGUAAAGUGGUUUUCUGUCCGCUAGCUGCUGGUAGCAGCUGCCAAAAGUGAGCUGUCCACACGAGGGGAAGCAAACUUCGCCGACAUAGAGACAAUUACUGUGUCUGCUGCUGGAUUAUAUAUUAUUUUUGGGACACCGCUGAAUUUGUUUACAUCACGAUGUCGCACAUGCUUUUACUCAAGCAGGGAAAACUAGCCAACACCAGCUAACUUGGCUAGUUGGCGAAUAACACAUAUAUCGCUGAGAAAGAAGAGUGGGCUGAGUGACUGGGCCCUGCUCAGACUAAAGUACCGGUGGCAGCUGCUGAACAAGAACUUUGACAAGGGUCUGUGUAUAACUCCGCUGCCGGGACAUAAGGAAGGCCGACAGUGUGUUGGAGUGGCUAAAGGAUACCAGCUUACUCCGUGGUCUGUGACCGGACACUUCACACGUUUGAGGAGUUUUUCGUGGUCUGGCCUUGGUUGUUAAGCUUUUCUUGAACAGGAGAAAGAAGGAGAAACGGUAUGGAAAUGUACUGUGACGGCACGUAUCUUUAUCUUAUCCCACGACUGUGAAUUGCUUCUUAAAGACAUUAGCACAGCACUUCGUUUCCUCUGGCAGCUGGCAGAGUUUCAGCCAGUCAACAUGUCGAAAAUGCCAGGGAAGAAAAAAAGUUGUUUCCAGAUUACGAGUGUAACGCCGGCCCAGGUGGGUGCAAGCAACGUCCCCGACGACACCGAGAGCCUAGAGGAUCCGGACGAGCCACGGACAGAGGACGUAUCAUCGGAAAUGUUUGAGGUCUCACGGGUCGAUGCGGGGGUGUGUGACAGGAGCUCAUUAGAGGAAACUUUAAACAAUGUAGGAGAUUCUCAAGAGUGUCAACUGCCUAACACAGUUCCUGUCAACGGUGGGCUCUCCAUUAAAAGUACACUCAGUGGUAGUGUCGCCCCACAUCAUGUAGGGGGAAGUGUGCCUGUGCCAGCUACAGCUCAACCCUUUGUUCCAAGCUCCAACACCACUGUCUCUACCAGUGUCGCUCACACAGCCCCUAGCACUAGUUGCAGUUCCCGUUUCAGGGUCAUUAAACUUGACCAUGGUAUUGGAGAGCCCUACCGACGGGGCAGGUGGACAUGCACAGAGUUUUAUGAGAGAGAUUCAGAUUCAAAUGUUAAUCGGACUGUGGACAGCAUAAAGCCAACUGUUACCCAUGAUCACAGUAUAGACAGAGACAGUGGGUUAGGGGCCACUAGUAAUUCUGUUGUCACUAGCAGUACUUUUCCCGCACAAGUUUCAGAAAGCACAGCAGAUAGUGGCUACUCUCCCUCCAUUGGGCACCCCGGCCACUCACACCCUCCAGAGUCUCAGCAGAAAGGUUACAGCUUGUCUCCUCAGAUAGGCAGUGGAGCAAGUGCCUUCCAGCCCAUGGGGUCUUCAGCAUCACAGCCACCAGAACAGGCUCAGGUCAAUAUGCAGCACUCUUCCCAGACCUUCCACCCUAACAGCCUCAAUGGUGUGCACCAAGGUGCCAUACAGCAGAAAUCAUCUGUUGUACCGCCUGCCAUGCAGGCCCAGCAGUUUGUCUAUUCAGCUCAUCCCACUGGCCUCUCCUCAGGUCACCCAGAUUAUCAUCAGCAACACUUUGGCUCUGGCACUCAGAAUUUUUCCAUAACAUCAUCAUCUAUGGGGCCUUCUGUCAGCCAGGUUUCCUCACCUCAAAUCACCCCUGCUGGUUCAGGAACACAAGGGCUGGGUGGAGAAGUAGCCUCAGCCCAGGGAAUUAUUCUACAAGUGGGAAAUGCACCAGUCAUGACUCUCAUCCAUCCAGAAAGCACACAGCAGCAUCCUGUCAGUCAAAGUCAGCCUUCAGGGGGGCUAGGUAUUGCCCCUGCACCCUCUAUGACCACCACCCCCCACAGCGGGGGCCAGAACGUGCCUGCCACAGUGCCCAGUACAACCAACAUCCCUCCUGGUAUUUCAAGUCAAGCACCUGGCACAGGCGGACCUGUCCAGCUCCAGGGAGCUCAUGGAGGAGCCACAGAAGGCCUUCCCUUUGGCUUCGGGAACGAGGCAGAAGAUGGUAGGCUGAAAAGUGAUGCCCUACCUCAGCACAGUGCCGGUGUGGUUCAUAGCAAAGAUGGUAUAAAGCCUGCUAUCAGUGAAGACCUCAGUUUACCCUCUCCUGUCAACAGCCUGUUUGGCAUCGAAAUUACCAUGGAUAUGGAUGAAGACAGUGCAUCUGGUGCCAGUGUUGUUGCCAUUGAUAACAAGAUUGAACAGGCAAUGGACCUUGUGAAGAGCCACCUGAUGUACGCCGUUCGUGAGGAGGUGGAGGUGCUGAAGGAGCAGAUCAAGGAGCUGUACGAAAGAAACUCUGUGUUGGAGCGCGAGAACGCUGUGCUGAAGUCGCUGGCCAACUCUGAGCAGCUCAACCAGCUGACCAAUCAGCUCUGCAGCACAUCGCCGCCACUGCAGCAGCACCCUCACCCACUCGUCACAAACAACACCCCCUCUCUGGUUCACCAUGAGAGUCAGAGCAUCCCCCAUCAGCCAAACAUCACCUCGGCGUGAACCCCUUUCCCUUUUAUACACACGCGCUAACACACACCUCCCACAGACAGGAGGGGAAGAUCCUGUCAGUAAAAACAGCAACUUCUACCGUCACCUUCGCCCCAUCAAGCAAAAGGCUUAGCUCUGCUCAGUAUGCUCCAUUUGAAUACAAGUCAACAACAUCUUUGCUGCCGUUGUUUAGUGUUCAUGCUGCCAUCAAUGGGUCUUCACAUUAUUAAGACAUUUACCAGCCUUUGAAAAGUCUUAUUCUGGCCCUGUGAUUGGCUGCAAGUGAGGAAAUAGAGGAGGAGCAGGGAGGCUGGUGCCUUCUGUAAAACUGAACCUCCUUUAUGUGCAGGAGAUGGGGUUCACGAGCAGAUCAAGCUUGAUUUUUAUUUUGGGACAAAAGUGGUGAACGACUGUGUUGAAACCCUGUGAGGGACCACCGUGUUGGCGAGGGUCCUGUGAAAACAUCUGACAAGGACUGUCCUCCAAGUGUCUACAUCCCCACAUCACUCCAGGGCUGGAGGAGGCCCACGUACGGAGGCGGAGGCAGGAUUGAGGAAACAAAGACGCCAAUGGUUGGCUCAGCUCAAGUGGAGCGAGUCGAAAGCCUCGGCUUGUUAUAUGCUGCAUCAAAAGCUUGUGUUUUCUCAGAGCCACCGUACUUUGACAUGAAUCAUCAUUCUCAUUAGUUCAGUUUUAGUAUUUGCAUUUAUUUAUUUCAGGGCUGCUAUUUUCAUAAUGUAAAUUAACGAUGUCAUGGAGAGGCUUAUUAAAAACAAACAAAAAGUUCUCUUUGGUCUUUUGGUAUUUUAAAAUCUGUCAGGUAUAAAUUUGGUAGUUUCUUGCAACAAGUAGAUCACAGUAAGUAGGCAAUAAGUUCUAUACUAGAGGUUCUUCUCAAACUAGUGCUAACACUAAAGCUGAGCUUUCAUUAGGUGAAAUCCUGGUUGAAUGUAUAUUUUGUAAAGUAUUAAAAGCAAGGAGGUCUUGUACAGGAGGACACCUGUUUAAAGAUAUGAAAUAUGUGAUGGGAUGUUUCCAUAAAGAAAACUAUUAAUUUACUUUUUCUAGGAUGUUUUUAUUUUGUUUUUUGGUAAAAAAUGGAAAUGGAUUUGGGGUUUGGUUGGGGAAGGGAUGAAAAACUGUGAAAAAGUUUCAGCCUACUUUAUAACCAAAGACUCAAAGUUGUAAGUCAUAUUUCUUUUUUUUUUUAAUUGAUCCUUAAAUGCACACUUUUUUCCUGCUUUCUUCUUCCUUACAGAUUUUGUUGCUGUUUUGCAUGUUCUGCAUGAUCUAUAAUCACACCACUUUCUUACCUCAUGUUUUUAUCCAGCACACUUUUCUUCUGUCGGGUCGUUCUGUGUGUGGUUGCUAGACUGUUUCUGAAAGAGAAAGGGAACGGUGAGCUGAGAGAGGGGUGGUUAGUGCAAGAAAUGAAAGAAAAAAAUGAAAAUGUGUUUGUCAGAGUGAGAGAGGGGCCUUGUAUCAGAUUGUUCUCAGAUUUGUUCUCAUGUAGAUCCUGUUAAAUUUCACAUGUAGGGACAGAAGCUGCGUUGCAGGUUUCACUGAAUGCAACAUUUGGUUUUUAAUCAGAACAUGCAACUUGUUGCUUCUAAAGAAAAAACGAGCAUCUACAGUAAAAGGAGAACAUGGAAACAAUUAAACAUUUCAUACAUGAAAGCUGCUGCCCCUUGGAUUGUGAAUGAACGUAUUAUGGGAUGUCGCGUCUUUGUGCCUCCUGUGCCGACGCCUGCAGUCAUCAGGCAAUUUAGGGUUUUUCUCUUUGUGGCUUAGAACCAAACCAAAAUGCUUGGUAAUUGUACAAUCAGACAUCUUUCUUUCUUUCUUUCUUUUUUUUUAAAUUUUUUGAUUUCUUUCCAUUUUUUUAAAAUGGGGCUCUUUACUUUCUUUUUUUUUUUUUCUUUCAUUUGAAGGAGAUGCCAUGUACAUGCCAAAUGUACUGUAUGAAAGUGAUCACUGAGCCUUGGAGAAAAUAUCUUAACAAAUGCCCUUGUAAUGUGCUGUUCAGACGAUUUUAGUUUUCAGUCAGAAAUAAAUAACUUUUAUUACGAA